UUUGGCGCAUUCCUGACGAUUGACGAGGAGAGCUGUAUCAUAUGGCACCAGAUGUCUGCUGAAGACGCAUCUCCCAGACUGCUACAUCAUACCAAAGUCCUUCAUCAAAGACUAAUACUUCUUGGUGGAACAGGAUUCUCUGAUAUCCAGACGCGAUGAGAGGGCCCAGUCGGGCGCGAACAAAAUUGAUCUAUCUGUCUACUCCGCUGCUGGGAUCGUGCCGGACUGUAAGUGAGGCGACGAGAUUCUUCCGCGGAUUCAGCUGAAACUGGGAACCCGUCGCUGCAAUGGAAACAAUGGACCUAUCGCUGCUGGACCUCCCGGACGACGCGCUGCUGGCCGUGCUGGCCUACCUGUCCCCGGCGGAGCUGCUGGGCUGCCGGGUGGUGUGUCGCCGCCUGCGCGACCUCUGCCUUCACUCCGACCUGUGGAAGUCCACCGCCAUAGACACCAUGAAGCUGCUCCCGGCGCUCCGUGUCGCCCCCUGCCUCCGGAAAAUCUCUUUGGUGAACCUGGAACAGAAGCUGACGCCGGCGCAGAGGGAGAAGGUGACGUCGUUGCUGGCCAGCACCGAGUGCGUCGUCGCUGAACUUGAAGUGAUUGCGUUUUUUGAUGAUGACGAUGUGCCCUUGGCUACGGCCAUGGUUAAGAAAUUCUCCGCUCUUGGCGGCUUGAGAGCGCUCGAACUGAUUUAUGUCGGAUCAAACGUACCAGAUUCGUAUCUUGCUCCCCUUCUAAAGGCGGCUUUCGGUGUUGGCGGUCUCCGCGAAUUGAGGAUCAUUAUAGAAAGUGAGAAUCCGCCAAAUCCGGCCUCGUGGUCCAUAACGGCGAAGCAACCCUCCCUGACGAAGCUGGUGUACACCGGUAUAUUGGACCCCUUCCUCGAAUUGUUGCUUACAACCCAUGCGCCAACCCUGGAAGAUGUAAGUUUGAGCCUGAGGGAAACAGAUCACCUUCCAAUGAACUUGUUGCGGAUGAUGCCACGGCUUCGCUCGUUUGCUUGCAAGGCCAGUGCCUUGCUUGAUACAGCGGGUCUGUCGAACCUCAACACUCUCAAGUUCAUCGAUGAAGAUCUACCAGACUUUCCUCCCAGUGCUCUAAACUUUCUCUGCCAGGCGCCCCACCUCAGAUCGGUGUCGUUUGCUUCACCUAAGGAAAACCACGCGGCCCCACUGCAGGCUCUGGCGAGCUCGCCCUCUGCCCGCCUCCUCGAAUCCCUCACUGUGUGCUGGGCUAGGUUGCAUCCGGACUCGAUCGGUGUGGAGAUGGCAGCCAACAUCCUGCCCCACUUCCCCUCCCUGCAGUCCCUGUCCUUGGAGUGGUGGCUACGUGGAGAUGCUCUUGACGGUUUUCUGCAGGCAGUGACCCCCACGUCUGCGCCGAGCCUCACCUCGCUCUCGAUGAAGCCACUCCCUAGCGAGUGCGCCCAUGGCUGGCUGCACUCCCGUGCGGUUCAGGAACUCCUGGAAAGGAACCCACGCCUCCACCUUCACGUGCUCGGAGGAAAUCGGGCAGAGUGUAGUAGUAAGUGGUGCCGCCGCCUCGGUUGCCAUGAGGAGCUGCUGAAACUAGACGAUCUGCAACAUCUUGUGUUGUCUGCUCACCGCAGGAUGGCGGGCUGCCCGAAUGGCUGCCAAGGUGGCCGUAGCGACCUGGUGUCGUGGCAGAGAUUUGCCUGCCAUCCUGGAAAUGUAUUGUGCAAUUAGCAUACUGGUGUGACUCUAAGCAGGUGCUCUUUUGUUAAAUUGUGUUUGCAACUGGUUAUAUGUGUAACUUGAAGAUGUGCUGAAGACUAGCUAGACGUAAUAUUUUCUUGUGAAACAUCUUUUAAUUCUGUCCAAUAUUUUAAUUAGCCAUUAUUUUUGCUAUCGGUUUUGUUUGAUCAUACAAUUUGUCUUACUUGACUAAUUAAACUUUUUAAGAACUUACUCCUUAUUUUGAAACUCACUCUUGCCUUGCCCCGAUGAUGAAGCAAUGGCAAUGGCUACAUUCAACCUAUAUCAACUCAAAUUG